UGCGACUAAAAAUUAAUCGGGCAAGUUCUUUAAAAAACGUGCUCCGUAAAUUGACGAGCAUUUUGUGUUUCAUAUACUAUCUUUUUUUUUUUAAUAAAAAGCAUCGUCCAAAUGGGCAAGAAGAAGCCAGAAGUGGCCAACAGAGCCGUCCCAUCUCAAAUGCCGGCUAAAAAACACCAACACGUCCAAAAAGAGAAUCGAAAACAAAACGAACAGCAGAGCUCGCAGCCGCCGCGGACCAAAACCGAGAAAAAGCCCAAGGAAAAGGCAAAGCGGCCGCAAAAUGGCACAGCCGAAGAAAUAAAUAAAGUGCCGGCAAAGAAACGCAAGCUCGCUGACAAACAGAACGGCAACGCUGACCAAAUCGAAACGGAGGACGGACCGCAGAUCGAAAAGAAGUUGGACACCACGAAAAUAAACAAGGGCAUUUUCGCCAUAUUCAACAAGCUGCAGGACACCAACAAACAGAACACACAAAAGCACGUCAACGAAAUAAUUGCGCUGCUCACCAACGAAGCCGCCGCGGAAAAGCGCACCGCAACCUGCGCAUAUGCCUUGAAGCGUUUGGUACGCUGCACCGGCGCCGAUGACAAAGAAGCUGUGGCCCUUAACGCCAGCUAUAUUAACAGCAUACUGCGCGAUGUGCCCGGCCUGGAUCCGAUUGAGCUGAUCAGCGUGCUGAAGCGCGAGCUACACGCGAGCAGCCAGCAGAAGGGCAAGGAGGAGACGUUGGCCGCUGUUGGGCAGCUCAUAACCGUUUUGGCCAUAAUGCAAAGCCAAUACUUUCAACAGCCCACGGCCGAGUUGAUAGCCGUCGUCUAUCCCAUAUUGAUAGCACAGCUAAAGGGACGCGAAUAUCUGGUGUCGCUGUGUGCGGACAUCAUGGCUGACUCCUUCAAGCAGGUUAGCUUGGCCAGUUUUCAAUCUCAUGUCUGGCCGCUGCUGCAGCCGGAGCUGAAUAAACCGAUUACGGCACAAAAGCUGCAUGGCUGCGAUCUGCUGUUGUCCGUGCAUCUGAACUAUCCCAAGCUGUUGCCGCUGCGCCAGCUGCAGACGAUGCUCUGGCGCAAGCAGACCCAAUUCGAGCAGCUGUUUGAUACAUAUUUAAACAAUGCAACCAUGCAGGGCGACGGCCUCUAUGCGCGUCUGGGCAAAUUUCUGGCCACCUGUUCCAGCGAACAGGUGCUGGCCGCCUGGCAGCAGCAUAUCGCGGAGCACUUGCCCUUCAAGCAUGUCACCGCCAAGAGCUACAUCAUCCAAACGCUGUCCCAUGUGCUGAUGCACUAUGAUGAUGGCAGCCGCACGGACAUGCAGCUGGAGCAGCUGUUUACGCUGGAGCCGCUCGUAAGCAUGUUACUUGGCGAACUGACGGCCGCCAAGAAGCUGAACAGCAAGGCGAAUGCCAAGGCAAAGGCUGCCCAGCGUCAGUUGCGUUAUAUAUGCCGCAAAUUUGAGACCGCGCUGCUCGUCAGCUUCCAGCAGCAGCUGAAGCAGGAUGCCUGCAAGCUGGGCAUACUGCGGCCCAUGCUGCAGCUGCAGCUGCAGCUGGACAAUAUUGUGCAGACGCCACGCUUCACGCAGCAGCUGCUCGCUCAGCUGGGCGAGCAGGGUCUGGAACAGAUGUAUGAGUUCUAUAGCGAACAGUUUACCAGCAACAACGAGCUGUUGACGCGCACCAAUCGCGAGCAUUGCCUCAAGCAAAUGCAACAGCUGCAGAACUCCAGGCGCAACAAGCAGCUGGAAUUUUUACUGUUCGCCUCGCUCUUCCAUCUGAACGAUCAGCAGAAGCCUUGCACGGCCGACGAGGCGGCCGUGUUCAGUCGUCAGGCAGCCUCACGCUGCGAGGAGACCCUCUUCAGUUGCCUUGUGAACAAGAUUGGCACCAACACCGAGCAACUGGCCGCGCUCAAUGAGCAGCUGCGUCCGCUGCUCGGCCAGCUGGCCAAGAAGCUAUCCAAGCCGGGCAUUGAGGGCAAGCUGCGCAUUACUGUGACGCCCGAAAUGCGCGUCAUGUGGGAGAAGGUGCAAAAAGUGUUGAACGCGCCGGUCAAGGAGAAACAGGCACUGGCUGUUAUCUUUGAUGCGCUGAUCCUGUUCCUAGGCCUGGCCAUGUUUACGCCCAGCUGCAAUGUUGCCCUGGACCUGAUCGAUGAUUUGUUCAUUUGCAAGCAAAACGCGCUCAAGACAAAGCAGGCCAAGGAUAAACAGCGCAAGUCUGCGGCUGAAGCGGAACCCAACUGGCAGGAGGUGCUCACAGAUGUCCUGCUCCAAUUGCUACUGCAAACCGGACACUUUUGGCGUCUCUUUGUGAAUGCGAUUGGCGGCGCGCUGAUGCCGCAUUUGAACAAAAGGAAUCUGGAACAGUUUCUGGAAUUGCUAGACAUGGACAGGAAUCCGCUGGACGACAAAGACUGGGACGUCAAUGAGGGAGAUGACGAUAAGGACGAUGAAGAUGACGCCAACAGCAAUGCUGAGGAGAGUGAUGAAGCGGACACUCAGGAUGACGAUGAUAAGAGUGAUGAGGAGGAUGAAGAGGAUGAAGAUGAUGACGAUGAUGAAGACGAUGACGAUGAUGAGGACGAUGAAGAUGAGGAUGAGGAUGAGGAUGAUGAAGCCACCAACUUGGCGCGAAUACGCGAGGGUGUACGCCAAGCGCUGCUCAGCAAUGAAAACGAUGACUUCGAUUCCAGCAGUAUUGACUGGAACGACGUUGGCGAGGAAGAGGGCGAACGUCUUAACCAAGCGCUGGAGCGCGCCUUCCACAUCCGCAAGCCCAAGGGGGCCAAGGGCAAAAAUGCCAAACGCCAGACCAAAUCGGAACGCAUCACCGACACCGCAUUGCUACACUUGCGCAUACGUGUCCUGGAUCUAGUCGAACUGUUCAUCGGUGCACAGCCCCAGCUGGAUAUCAUACUGAACGCACUGAACAGCAUCCAGAAGGUCUAUAGGAUCAGCAGCGCGGAUACCAAACUGCAGCCCUUGGCCGAGGCCAGCAAGAAGACGCUGCGCAAGCUGCUCGCCCAAAAGAUAAGCUAUCAGUCGCCCGACCAGGACAAGCAGCCAAUUAUCGAUUGCAUCAAGCAAUUGCUGGAACAGAAUGAGGAACAACCGCCGCUUGCGGGUCCGCUCAAGCAGCCGCCCAAGGCCAAGGGCGAUUAUGUCGUGUGGCGCAACAAAUGCAUCGCCUAUUUGGUCAGCCAAUUCAAUGAGCCAAAUGUCACCGCCAGCAAAGUGUGGCCGCUGUUGCAGAGCUUUGCCCAGGACUGGGCCAGUCGCCGCAACAGUCCCUAUCAGUUGGCCACCUUUGAUGCCAUCUUUGGCUCGCCGUGGAUCGGCAUUGGACGCUAUGCGGCCAGCUUUUAUGCGCUCUUAUCGAUGAACUUGCGUCUCUUCCGACGCGUCCAAAUUCUCGAGCUGCUGCUCAAGCAUUGCCGUCGCAUUUGCAAUACCCUGACGAAUAAGCUGCAGACAGCCCGCGAGUUCCACGGCAUCCUCAACAAAUAUGAGCCGGUCGCCGACAAGGAUCGCAGUCUGCAAAAGAAGCUGCUCGCUCAGCUGCAAAAGGUCCUCACGGAGGCUGAAGAUAGCGCCUAGUCUUUAACCGGCACACAUU